GAAAUGUUUAAAUAAAUAUUGCAAGAAAAAUAGUAAUUAUAAAACCUCUCACAAUUUCACUCUGCAGAUUCAGUUGCAGCCAUGGCAUCCUAUGCAGCUCUUACUUCUUCAAGGGUACCAACCACCACUGGGCUUCCCUCAAGAAGCACUCAAUCUCAAGCUCAUUCCUCCUUCUUCAGGAGGGUCGAGCUCGGUGACUUCUCUGGCCUCAAAUCAAACGCAUGCGUUACAUAUGCGAAGUGUGCCAAUGAAGCUUCAUUUUUCGAUGAUGCAAGCCAACUCACCCGAAAGACUGAAGGUUCGGUACCAGUGAAAGGUGAGACAGUGGCGAAGCUCAAAGUCGCAAUCAACGGAUUUGGGCGUAUCGGGCGUAAUUUUCUCCGCUGUUGGCAUGGCCGCAAGGACUCGCCGUUGGAUGUCAUCGUAGUGAACGACAGUGGUGGUGUGAAAAAUGCGGCACACCUUCUCAAAUACGAUUCGAUGCUCGGAACAUUCAAAGCCGCAGUUAAAAUCGUUGAUAAUGAAACGAUUAGCGUUGAUGGAAAACUCAUCAAGGUCGUCUCGAAUCGGGAUCCCUUGAAGCUGCCGUGGGCUGAAUUGGGCAUCGAUAUAGUGAUUGAGGGAACUGGUGUGUUCGUUGAUGGUCCUGGAGCCGGCAAGCACAUCCAAGCAGGAGCAAAGAAGGUUAUCAUAACAGCACCAGCGAAGGGUUCUGAUAUCCCGACAUACGUCGUUGGAGUGAACGAGGGCGACUAUUCCGACGAAGUGUCCAACAUUGUCAGCAAUGCUUCAUGUACAACGAACUGCCUAGCUCCAUUUGUGAAGGUCAUGGAUGAGGAAUUUGGGAUCGUAAAGGGGACCAUGACCACCACCCAUUCCUACACCGGAGACCAGAGGCUCUUAGAUGCCUCCCAUCGCGACCUAAGGAGAGCCAGAGCUGCAGCACUAAACAUAGUCCCAACAAGCACGGGGGCGGCCAAGGCAGUGUCACUAGUGCUGCCUAAACUCAAGGGCAAGCUCAAUGGCAUUGCAUUGAGGGUCCCUACACCAAAUGUUUCAGUGGUUGAUUUGGUGGUGAAUGUUGAGAAGAAGGGCCUCACAGCUGAGGAUGUCAAUGCAGCUUUCAGGAAAUCUGCUGAGGGGCCACUAAAGGGUAUUUUAGCGGUAUGUGAUGUUCCAUUGGUGUCUGUCGACUUCCGGUGCUCGGAUGUCUCCUCCACCAUCGACUCCUCUCUCACAAUGGUCAUGGGGGACGACAUGGUCAAGGUCGUCGCGUGGUACGACAAUGAGUGGGGCUAUAGCCAAAGAGUGGUUGAUUUGGCGCACCUCGUCGCCAGCAAGUGGUCAGGAGCGGCCAAAUCAGGUGGGGAUCCACUAGAAGAGUUUUGCCAGACGAGCCCCGAAACCGUUGAAUGCAAAGUUUAUGAAGCCUAAUUUUACCCCAUUUAUGAAAUAAUGAUUUGCCUUCUCCCUCUCGUGUUGUGCAUUAGCAAAUAUAUUUUCUUUUUCAUUCUUUUCUUAGUUUCCUCCUCUCAAGAUGUGGAGCUACAAUUUUUCAAGCUUGACGACGACUGUUGUCAUUUGAAAGACAAGCAAUAUGUGUAAAUUAUUGGUUAAUGGCAUGCUAAUUGCAGAUACAUUUUACUAGAAUAAUGACAAUUAAAUUAGAAAA